AUGAGUAAACAUUUCGACAAUACUGACCGUCGGAUUCUCAAGUUUCCGGCGGUAAACCCUUGCCAGAGUGUCCCUCCAGCGACCCUUCUUGCCUCUCUGAUAAUUCUCUCCGGAAAAAUACUCGAUUUCCAAUCAAAAAGCUUCGCAACACAAAAGCGAAACUGCAGAGAAACAAUCCGGCAGGUUAGUCUUCUUCACAUUUUCUUUGAGGAGCUUUGCGCCGGCGAGAGGGUUCUCUCCGACUCGGUGGCUGUCAGCUUCUCCGAGCUCCACCUCACCUUGCAGAAAAUCCGGUUUUUAUUGGAGGAUUGCAGUAGGGAUGGCGCUAGGCUUUGGAUGCUCACGAAAUGUGAGUUUCUGGCUACUCAAUUUUGGAUUCUGAUACGAGCAGUCUCUACCGCUCUUGAUGUUCUUCCUUUGAGCUUGAUCGAGGUGGAGGAUGAAGUGAAGGAGGUGGUUGAAUUAGUAAGGAGGCAAUCAAGGAAGGCGAGAUUUGAGCUAGACCGAAGUGAUGGAAAUGCUAAGAAAAUGUUGCUUUCGAUAUUGGAUCAGUUCGAGAAGAGAGUUGAGCCUGAUUCGGGUGAUGUGAAGAGGGUUCUUGAUUACGUUGGAAUCAGAAGCUGGAGUGAGUGCAACAAUGAGAUUAAGUUCUUGGAGGAAGAGAUUGCUUUCGAGUGUUCGGAUUGCGUAGGAAGAGAGGUUCCAUUUCUGAGCAGCUUGGUUGGAUUUUUGAGCUACAGCAGGGGAGUGAUUUUCGAAACGUUGGAUACUCGAAACCUCGAUGAAACUCAAGGCGAUUUCAGGUCCAACAUGCAGGUGUUCAAUUGCUUAAACACCGAGGAUUUUAGGUGUCCAAUUUCGCUGGAAGUAAUGCUUGAUCCAGUGAUUAUAUCUACAGGGCAGACUUAUGAUCGUGCUUCGAUUCAAAAAUGGCUCAAAGGUGGAAACUUACUCUGUCCCAAAACAGGGGAGAAGCUCACGAACACCGACUUGGUGCCCAAUUUGGUUCUCCGAAAGCUGAUCAGAAACUUCUGUGCAUACAACGGCGUUUCCCUUGGAAGGAUGGGAAAGCAAAGCAGUGACAUAACGCGAACAACUGUGCCGGAUAGUCAGGUUGCUUCGGAAUCGAUGAAGUUUCUCUCAAUGUUUCUCACUACUAGGCUUGCAUUUGGUACUAGUGAGCAGAGGAACAAGGCUGCAUAUGAGACUCGCCUGCUUGCGAAAUCGAACAUCUUCAACAGGUCUUGUUUGAUCAAUGCGGGAGCAGUGCCACCUCUAUUGAACCUGUUGUGUUCUACUGGUUCAUGUACUCAAGAGAACGCAAUGGCGGCCUUGUUGAAGCUCUCGAAAUAUGGAACUGGCAAGAGAUUGAUAGUUGAAUGCAGGGGACUGACUCCAAUUCUUGAUGUGCUUAAACAUGGACUGACUUGGGAAGCUAGGCAAAGUGCCGCAGCAGCAAUUUUCUACCUCUCAUCGGUGAAAGAGUACCGGAAAUUAAUCGGAGAAGCACCGGACGCUAUCCAGGGUCUUGUGGAUUUGAUGAAGGAAGGAACACCUUGUGGGAAGAAGAAUGCUGUGGUUGCGAUUUUCGGGCUUCUUCUCUUGCCCAAAAACCACCAUAGAGUUCUUGAAGCAGGCACAGUACCAUUGCUCAUUGACAUACUAGCCUCAUCAGAAAAAGUUGAGCUUCUAAGUGACACAUUAGCAGUUAUCUCCUUGUUAGCUGAGAGUACAGAAGGAGCAUUCGCAAUUCUAAGCUCGAAAUCCUUGCAUCUGAUCACCGGCAUUCUUCAAUCUUCGACAUCCCAAACUGCGAAAGAGUAUUGCGUUUCGACAUUGCUGGCUUUAUGCAUCAAUGGUGGUGCGGAAGUUGUAGCUCUUUUAGCCAAAAACCAAACGUUGAUGGCUUCUCUGUUUUCGCUUUUGACAGAAGGAACCGCCAACGCAGGAAAGAAAUCGCGUGCCCUCAUCAAAAUUCUGCACAGCUUCCAUGAAACCAGAUCCUCCGGAUGGAUCAUAAGCUCUGCCGUCCCAUGUCAUGAACUUGCCAUUCAUGAACGGUGACACACAGUCUCAAAUUCUUCUAGCAGUAUAAUGUGAAUAGUAUACAUACAUUUCAACAUAGCUCAGUUUUUGCAGGAGCUAUUUGUUAUGGAACAUAGAUACCAUUAUAGGGUUAUAUUCGAAAUUCUUUUUUCAUGGAGUAGAAAAUAAGAUAGGUGUGAUGAAAUAUAUGAACGAGUGUAGCACUCAUGGUUUUG